ACAAAAAGAACGAUCGAGACGAAGAGAGAGGAAAAGAGGAGAUUAAAACGUUUCGAACAAAGGAUCCUUACGUAUUAUUACGGAUGCUAGAAACAGAUUAAAAAAUUCAUAGAAACAUCUUUGAGAAUUACCGAUUGAGAUCAAAGGAGAGAAAGAAUCGUUAAGUACGUACGUACUGGUGUAACCGCGUGACAAGAGGCACAGUAUCAUUGAGCGGGAAAAGGAAGCGAAAACCAAAAGAAAGAUCGAAAGAGACGAGGAGAGUUUUAAACACGAGAGAGGAACGUCCUCGUGACUUCAACCACGUGUCUCUCGUGGUCCUCGUUUAAACACGCCAUGUCACCGCGUAAUGGCUCGUGCGUGGCGGAAGUAAGCUCGGUGAGGAGUCUCUCGUCGGACGAUGUCUCGGCGACAAAGACCAACCGAAAGAAGUCCUGCUGGGCACGUGCUACGGACCCGGCACAUCGCCGUGGACGACGAAUUCAGCUGCUACAAAUGCUGGUGCUGCCAUUCAUACCGAUUCUAGCAUUGAUCGUCCAGACAGCUAACACGCUUCAUGACAUCCUGAUCUAUCGGCAGGAGGUCUCCGAUAUUGAAACGCAGGUAACAAUCGCCACAGACUUGGGGAAGGUUGUCACGCGGAUGCAGCUUGAAAGAUCCGAGGUUGCGUUCUUUAUUUACACCAACGGCAAUACCCUGAGGUCGAACUUGACGCAGAGAUUCGCCAUAACCGAUCAGGCUCUUCACAACAUGACUACGUGGCCCCUGGUCUCGGUACCGACGGACGAGAGCAAAACGCAAACCUAUGACGUGGUCAGCAAAGAGGCCUUCCAAGCACGGCUCGAGGAUUUCAGGCAGAAGAUAAGUUCGGAAGAGAGCAGCAUUACCGAGGUGAUGGCCUGGUAUACGAGCGUGAACGCGGCGAUGCUGGACCAUCUGACUAAUCAGAUCAAAGAGACGGAUAAUAGCGGAGUUUGGAGGUAUCUGAUAGCGUUUAAAAAUUUACUGAGGAGCAUCGAGAGCUUGGGCAUUGCUUCCGUGUACGGGAUCAAUUACUUCGGACGCGGGAUCCUUCUGGGAGACAAUUACGUCAGCUAUGUUCGCCACGAAGCUCUUGGACGUGACCUUCUUUCUGGAUCUCUCACAUACGUGCCUUCUCUCAAACAUUUUUACGCAGAGCUCACCCGCACCAUGCCGGAAUAUGGAAGAAUUAAAUCUAGACGAGAUGAAAUCCUCCAGAACCAAAAGAGGGAACCAAGCGUAGAGGAUGCUAUCGCUUAUUUCGAUUCAAUGGCAACGUACGUGGACGAGCUGCGUAAACUUCAACGAGAAUUACGUCACAUGAUUAGGGAUUAUGUGAAUUCAACUUUGCAAGACGCGAGCAACAAAGAAGUUGCUGGGAUAGCUAUAGUGGUGCUGGUGUUGGUCGUUUCCCCCAUCAUUAUAAUAUUAGUACGUAACGCGGUUGCGACGAUACAAAUGUACGCGGCCAAUUUGGCGCAAAAGGCACGGGAACUGAAGCAGGAGAAAGGGAAGAGCGACACGUUGCUCUUUCAAAUGUUGCCGCCGAGCGUUGCUCAACAACUGAAGCAAACUCAACAGGUUCCAGCAGAAUAUUACGAAGCAGUGACCGUGUAUUUCAGCGACAUCGUUGGAUUUACAGAAAUCGCUGCAGAGAACACUCCGUUAGAGGUUGUCACCUUUUUAAAUUCCAUCUACAAACUGUUCGACGCGCGUAUCGAAUGUUACGAUGUGUACAAAGUUGAAACCAUUGGCGAUUCGUACAUGGUUGCCUCUGGCCUGCCCGUUCGAAACGGAGACAAACACGUGUCUGAAAUAGCGACAAUGGCCCUCGAUCUCCUGGCAGCCUCGUCGGUGUUCCAAGUACCGAAACGACCCGGUGAACGUCUUCAAAUACGAAGCGGUGCCCACACGGGACCCGUAGUUGCUGGAAUCGUGGGGAGCAAAAUGCCUCGUUAUUGUCUCUUUGGGGACACUGUGAAUACAGCCAGUCGUAUGGAAUCAACCGGAGAAGCGCUGCGAAUACACAUUAGCCUGGAAAUGAAGAAGGCUCUGGACGCCGUAGGUGGUUUCAAAAUCGUGCAUCGUGGCUUGGUGGACGUCAAGGGAAAGGGACUAAUGGACACCUACUGGCUGGAAUGCAAAGACGGUGGAAUCGCACGCGCAGCCGAAUUGGAUCUGCCAUCGUUCUUCGAGGAUGUGCGACCAGUUUUCAUACGCCGUUUACGGGAGGAGGGUACCCUUUGAU